GCAUGCCGGGCUGGAGGCGGACAGCUGUCCUCCGUUUGUGGAGGACCGACGUCAGUGUUUGUGUGCUGGUCUGGGGAAGAUGGCGGAGGCUGCGGCUGUUCCCCCGCAUCGAUUUUUCUGUCACUGUUGUAAAGGAGAAGUAAACCCCAAACUCCCGGAGUACAUCUGUCCAAGAUGUGAUUCAGGGUUCAUAGAGGAAGUAACAGAAGACUCCAGUCUCCUAGAGGGUGGCGCUAACGGGAUAGAUGACACAGCCGCACAGUUUGCAGAGCUAUGGCACCUAUUGUUACUGGAGCGGCCAUUUACAACAGACAGUGACACCCCUGACUCAGAACCUCGGCUCCCUGGAGGACGCCUGGGAAGUCUCAGCGAUCUGGGGGGGUUAGGAGGGGGACCAAUUGGGGGGUCAGUCCCAGCAGGCCUAGGGGGACCCAUGGGGGGUCUACUAGGAGCUGGAGAACAUUGGGGGCCAGGACGCCCCCCUCGCCUGCACAGCCAGAGGAGAUACCGGUCCAGAGGCAGCAGCAGGCCAGACCGCUCGCCUGCUGUGGAAGGGAUUGUGCAACAGUUUCUUGCUGGCCUCUUUGCCAACUCUGGAGUCCCUGGCUCACCUCCGCUCUCAUGGACGGGGAUGCUGCACUCUAACCCAGGGGAUUACGCCUGGGGACAGGGAGGGUUAGACGCCGUGAUAACGCAGUUACUAGGUCAGCUGGAAAACACAGGACCUCCUCCAGCAGAGAAAGAGAAGAUCUCUUCUCUCCCAACUGUCAAUAUCUCUCAGGAACAAGCAGACUGCUGUAUGGAAUGUCCGGUGUGCAAAGAGGAUUUCUCUGUUGGAGAGCCGGUCAGACAGCUACCCUGUAACCACUUCUUUCAUUCAGACUGUAUAGUACCAUGGCUGGAAAUGCAUGACACAUGUCCAGUGUGUAGGAAGAGUUUGAAUGGAGAAGACAGCAGCAGCGAGCCCCCAUCACAGUCCCCCUCCCUCUCUAUGGACCCUCGCACACAGGAGAGAUGGUCCUUCUGAGACACCCACCUGUCUCAUCCCUUGGUUCUCCACGCCUACAUUCUACAACACACCGAGAAGACAAAAACGCUUCUCACUUUCCGCUCUUCAUCUCUGUUGCAGUCAUAAUCAUCUCAGUCUGAUUUUUUUUUCUUUUGUAUUUUUAUUUUCUAUUUCAAUGCCUUUCUCCUCAACCAUGUACACAGUUACCUGAACAGACGUCUUAACAGUCCAUUGAGGUCUGCUAGAUCUUUUUUUUUUUGCCUAAUAACAAACCAGCCUAGAUUGAUGAUGAUCAAGCCCAUGUCUUCUGUACUUCCACCUCACCAGCAAACUCCUUUUCCAUCUUUCUUGAAACGCACUGUUGAAAUACACUCUUGUGGGGAAAUGCCAGACUUUAUAUCAAAUACCAUUCCCUCUUUACUCACCCGAUGAUUCGCUGAAACCUGCAACUGAGCCCUGUACGGCAUAUGGGAAUACAGUAGGGGUUAAUUUCACUUUUGGCAUUUACAGAGCCUGGACCCAACAACAUGAACACCUAUAGCCCUGCAAUAAAUGUUCUGUUUAUGAAGGCUUUAAUGUAACAUUUUUGUUGAGAUUGUGUCAGGAAGACAUUGAUUGAACUGUGGUUAUUUAUUCUGGUGGUGUUUAAUUGGAUCACAUUGUAAGGGUGUUAAAGUUAUUGUGUCCAUCCUCUGUAGUGCUGCUAUUCAGCAAAGAACACAGGAGUAUUUUAUAGGAAUCAUGUUGAGUCGCUGCUGUUUAAUGGCAACAAAUGGAAGCUUUGACAUCAAAUGAAAGCAAGGGAUUCCUCACAUCUUUCGGGACACUUCUACAUCUGAAAAGAAUAAUCACAAACGUUGUACCAGUAAGGGAAUGAAAUAAAAAAUCUACAGCGCUCAGCCCAUCAUUUAAUGCUUUAUGAUAAUGAUUUCACCAUAUUCCUUCUGGUGUAUAUAUUAUAAACAGAUGGCACCCCUCUGUCAUUUUAUUCCUCUGUUUAUGACCGUCUUUUGUUUCACAUUUUUAUCACAUUUUUUUGAUGUAAAUAAUUUUAGUCCCAACUACCUACGGUUUGCAAAGGAAAAAAAACAUUGAGAAUGGAGACACAAAUGUGAAAUACCUGGUUAUUGAAACUGUAUAUUAUAUAUAUGAAAAAAAAUGUCUGAGGUAUUAAUAAAUUGACAAAAAAAACUGU